AUGGCAUCACAGCAUUCGAUCUUAGCAACUGUCAGCUCGCUUUCGUCCAAGACGCAGUACACACAAGACAUGCGCUUCCGUUUCUACAGCAGUCGACUACGAUUCGUGGCCCACGAGUGGUUUUGCAAUGGUCUCACGCCGCAAGGAUGCUGCGUUUCUUUCUUCGCAACGUUAUCGGAUGCGUCAUCGUUGCGGAAUCCUGAAUCGGCUGCUUCUGCGCUGGGAAGAUUUCUCCCCUACGUUGUUAACACUGCAGUCGCGUUCUGA